GCAGUGCGCCUCGACCACCCCACCGGCAUUUUGCAGCCCCCAAUUUUUGUCGGUCCAGCGCCGCUUGCUUGACCGAGUCCCUGCCAGGGGCCCAAAAAUCCUAGCGAAGAGAAUCACGUUCUCCGAUUUUCCUCAUCUUCCGCCCUUCCCCUUUUCCCAUAACCUUAACUUACCCAAAGGUCGUGGUCAUUGCUGGUUGAUUUCUGCAUGUAGAAACCCCUGGGCUCGUGACCGUCGCACCCGCCUUUUCGGCGUCCCGUGAGGAGUAGGAGCUGCGAGACGACCCUUGGUAAAGGCCCGAGACGGGAAUCAGGCGGUGCAGAGGGACUGUCAACGGGCAUCAAGUGCACUGGACCGCCAUCUAGCUCAUUUUGAGUGGGCACUAAUCCAGGAAACAAUGCCGUCCAAGUACAGUUACCAGCCAUGCCGGGAAUUCAAUGUGGUCGUUUUGGGUGCCGGUGGCGUUGGGAAGAGUUGCCUAACUGCCCAGUUCGUACACAAUGAGUGGAUCGAGAGUUAUGAUCCCACCAUUGAGGAUUCAUACAGGACGCAGAUUUCCGUAGAUGGACGGCAAGUGGUGCUGGAGAUCCUCGACACAGCCGGCACAGAGCAAUUUGUUGCCAUGAGGGAUCUCUACAUGAAGACCGGGCAUGGCUUCAUGCUAGUCUUUAGCAUCUCCUCGAGGACCUCUUUCGACGAGCUUCAGACUUUGCGCGACGACAUUAUCCGCAUCAGGGACGACGAGAAGAUCCCAAUCGUCAUAGUCGGGAACAAGGCCGAUCUCGAAGAUCAGCGGGCAGUCGACCGUGCAAAGGCUUUCGCCCUGUCCCAGAGAUGGGAUGCGCCUUACUACGAAGCCAGCGCCAGGACGCGGACCAAUGUCGACGAGGCGUUUACAGACCUCUGCCGGCAGAUGUUGAGACGGGACGACAGCGAGGAGGAGGCACGCGAAGAGAUUCUCGCUCAACGAGCCGAGAAUUUGGCCGCCAAAAGGCGCCGCAGGAGGAAGCGAAAGGAGAAGUGUGCCAUCCUUUGAGCCCAGCUUUCUUGGCCAUGCCACACUUGAACGCCCUGGGUGGAAAGUCCUAUCAUGUCCAUCUUGCGGCAUGAAGAUUGGAUGGAGACAGACCUAUUGGUCAUGCAUGUCACGAUGGAAAUGAAAGCGCGGUCGGGGACCCCUUUUCAUCUUGAAUCGGUUUGUUGUCGUGU